AUGCCGCCAACGGAGGAGCGCCCGCCCCCUCCCCCCAGCAGCCUGUUGCCUCCGAUAGCGCUGCACAGCAGCGGCCUGCCUCGACCGAGGCGGCUGCUGCCUCUGCACCCACGCCUACCGAACAAGCUACCGCCCCCCGCAGGCGCCGCCGAGGACCGCGCCGGUCCGCCCCCGCGGCGGAACGGCCGACCACUGCUGCCCCAUUGGCGCGGCAACAGUCCGCCCCUCCGGCUGCGCCGCUGCGGCGACCGCCCCCUGCGGUCCCUCCCCAACCUGCUGUUCCUGCCAUGGAGGCUGCCCCAGAGGCCCCCACAGCUCACGAUGCGGCUGAGCUCGUCACGGCUCCGGCUGCGGCGGGACAUGCGAGAAUCCGCGGCCCCUUCCCCGCCACCAGGUGCCACUUCUUCACUGGAAGAACCACCGGACCAAGGAAUCACGAUACUGGACGCCGCAUCCCUUCAUGCAGAUGCUUCACUCGACGUACCACAGUGCAGGUUGAAUCUGCAUAUGGCCGACCUCCUGGUGGAAGAACACCAGCAAAUCCUCGACAUUCUACGUCGGGCGCGGCUACGCAAAGAGUCAACAGCAAAGACGACGAGACAGGGACGCCACGCCAGCGACUCGGAAGACGACGGCCGACCAGUGCGGUCGUCCUCGGAAGAAUCGUCGGCCGGCGCCUCGGACGCCGACUCAGAAAGUGAAGACACACAAAUGGUGUGCGACCCACCCACAACAGGACAAGAUGUACCGGACAAGAUGGAAGACGACGGCUUCCAAGUAGUUACCAAUAAACGACGACGCAAGAAGGGAACCACAUCACCGGACACAUCUGAAAGAGGGCGAAAACCAACACGCAACCCUUCAACUUUCCCGUCAGCAACGUCUACGCGGAACUCGCGGAACGCACAGAAAAGCCACGUCACAACCGACGCCAACGACGGCAGCAAACACGAACAAGCUGCCACCACUAGUAGUGUACCACACCAAAGACUACCUACUCCUCAACGCGGAACUGAAAAAGAACAUCAUCAGAGAACUGAGAGCAAUUUACAAAGGUGA